AUGGUAAUCGACGACAACCCGUGUGGUAAAACCGAGUUCAAGCGGGUGAGUUUGGAUAGUCGGGACGAUACAAAAUCGAGUGGUGACAAAAGAAACAUGCGCGCACGCCGAACGGUGAGAGGCUCUGCAGUUGUGUGCGCUACCGAGUACAUGCACCGAGCGUUGCAAGGCGGCGACGGAACGACGACGGUCAGGCACAAAACGAACGAACGGCCGAACAGUGGUAAAACAGAAGAAGGACUGUGUACUGUUGUCUGUUCAGUGUUCACUGUGGGCCCGUAA